AUGUUCGAAACAGAGCAUACUCUCUUGCCUCUUCUUCUUCUCCCAUCGCUUCUGUCUCUUCUCCUCUUCUUGAUCCUCUUGAAGAGAAGAAGCCGACCAAUAUUCAAUCUUCCUCCGGGAAAAUCCGGUUGGCCAUUUCUCGGCGAAACCAUCGGUUAUCUCAAGCCUUACACCGCCACUACUCUCGGUCACUUCAUGCAACAACAUAUCUCCAAGUAUGGGAAGAUAUAUAGAUCGAAUUUGUUCGGAGAACCAACGAUUGUAUCAGCUGAUGCUGGACUCAACAGAUUCAUAUUACAAAACGAAGGAAGACUCUUCGAAUGUAGUUAUCCUCGAAGCAUCGGUGGGAUUCUUGGGAAAUGGUCGAUGCUUGUUCUUGUUGGAGACAUGCACAGAGACAUGAGAAGUAUCUCUCUAAACUUUCUGAGUCACGCUCGUCUCAGAACCAUUCUACUUAAAGACGUUGAGAGACACACUUUGUUCGUUCUUGAUUCUUGGCAAGAACAUUCUGUUUUCUCUGCUCAAGAUGAGGCCAAAAAGUUUACGUUCAAUCUAAUGGCGAAGCAUAUAAUGAGUAUGGAUCCUGGAGAAGAAGAAACAGAGCAGUUGAAGAAAGAAUAUGUUACUUUCAUGAAAGGUGUUGUCUCUCCUCCUCUCAAUCUUCCAGGAACUGCUUAUCGUAAAGCUCUUCAGUCACGAGCAACGAUAUUGAAGUUUAUUGAGAGUAAAAUGGAAGAGAGGAAAUCAGAGAUUAAGGAAGAAGACAAAGAAGACAUGAAAACAGAAAAUGAAGUAGAGAUUAGUAAGAGUGAUCAAGAGAGGAAACAUCGAACAGACGAUGAUCUUUUGGGAUGGGUUUUAAAACAUUCGAAUCUAUCGACGGAGCAAAUUCUCGAUCUCAUUCUUAGUUUGUUAUUCGCCGGACAUGAGACUUCUUCUGUGGCCAUUGCUCUCGCAAUCUUCUUCUUACAAGCUUGCCCUAAAGCCGUUCAAGAGCUUAGGGAAGAGCAUCUUGAGAUCGCGAGGGUGAAGAAGGAACUUGGAGAAUCAGAAUUGAAUUGGGAUGAUUACAAGAAAAUGGACUUUACCCAAUGUGUUAUAAACGAGACACUUCGACUGGGAAAUGUAGUAAGGUUUUUGCAUCGUAAAGCACUCAAAGACGUUCGGUACAAAGGAUACGAUAUCCCGAGUGGGUGGAAAGUGUUGCCGGUGAUCUCAGCCGUACAUUUGGAUAAUUCUCGUUACGACGAACCUAAUCUCUUUAAUCCUUGGAGAUGGCAACAGCAAAACAGUGGAGCGUGCGGGUCGUCGUCUACGUCAGGAAGUGGUAGUUUUUCGACGUGGGGGAACAACUUCAUGCCGUUUGGCGGAGGACCAAGGCUGUGUGCUGGUUCGGAGUUGGCGAAGCUAGAAAUGGCAGUGUUUAUUCAUCAUCUGGUUCUUAAUUUCAAUUGGGAAUUAGCAGAAGAUGAUCAACCAUUUGCGUUCCCUUUCGUUGACUUUCCUAACGGUUUGCCUAUUAGGGUUUCUCGUAUCAUGUAA